AUGUUGAAUCCACAGAUUCACCAGACAAACCUUUCAACAAAAACCCCAUUUCUACUAGCUAAACCAUUCGUCCAUGGAAGUGCCCAUGCUUCUUUUCCUAUCCAGUCAAGGUCCUCUUUCACUAAAGCAAACAAAAAAGUUCGAGUUGGCUAUAAACAUGGCAGCAUUAAAGCUAUAGCCAGUGUCACACAGAAGUCCACAGAUGUGAAGGCUGUGGUGACUGUGAAACAAACAGUUCUUGAUUUUUGGUCAGAAAUAGGGAUAGAACGAGGACUUGAUGAUAUUUCAGACUUGCUUGGCAGAACCCUCCUCUUGGAGCUUGUUAGUGCUGAGCUUGACCCCAAGACGGGAUUAGAGAAGCCCUCAAUCAAAACGUACGCACAUAAGGUAGACAGUGAUGGAGACGACGUGAAGUACGAAGCAGAAUUUGUGGUUCCACCAGAUUUUGGAGAGGUUGGUGCCAUUUUUGUGGAAAAUGAGCACCAUAAAGAGAUGUACGUUCAUGAUGUGGUGCUUGAUGGCUUCCCAAGUGGACCAGUUAAUGUGACUUGUCAUUCAUGGAUCCACUCGAAGUUUGACAACAAAAAGAAGAGGGUCUUUUUCACUAACAAGUCAUACUUGCCAUCAGAAACACCAAAUGGAUUGACAAAAUUGAGAAAGGAAGAACUUGAAACAUUGCGAGUCAGUGACAAUAAAGAGCGUAAGAAAGGUGAUAGGAUCUAUGACUAUGAUGUGUACAAUGAUCUAGGAGAUCCCGAUAGUGAUCCAGAGACAGCAAGACCGGUGAUAGGCGGCGAAGAGCACCCCUACCCUAGGCGUUGCCGAACCGGCCGACCGCGAACCAAGUCAGAUCCUCUUACGGAGACAAGGAGUGGCAACUUCUACGUGCCUCGUGAUGAAGAAUUCUCAGAAAUAAAGAUGGGCACAUUUUCUGCCAAGACACUCAAAUCAGUAUUGCAUGCCCUUGUACCUUCUCUAUCAACUGCAAUUGUUGAUUCUGACCUUGGAUUCCCAUUCAUCAGUUCCAUAGAUGCACUGUUCAAUGAAGGAAUCAACUUGCCUCGCUUGAAUAAAAAACAAGGGUGGAAAGAUCUUCUGCCUAACCUUUUCAGGGCAAUCACUGAUGAAGCUAAUGAUGUCUUGCUAUUUGAGACUCCUGAAACCAUGGAGAGAGACAGGUUUUUCUGGUUUAGGGAUGAAGAAUUUGCUCGACAGACUCUUGCUGGUCUCAACCCUUGUAGCAUCAAAAGGGUCACGGAAUGGCCAUUGAGGAGUAAACUAGACCCUGAAAUCUAUGGCCCCCAAGAAUCAGCAAUCACUACCGAAAUGGUUGAGCAAGAAAUCAGAGGCUUCAUGACAUGUGACCAGGCAAUAAAAAAUCAGCAACUUUUCGUCCUAGACUACCAUGAUUUAUUCCUACCGUUUGUAAGCAAAGUAAGAGGGCUGAAAGGGACAACAUUAUACGGAUCGCGGACAUUGUUCUUCUUAACACCAGACGGAACAUUGAGGCCACUAGCUAUUGAGCUAACUCGCCCACCGAUGGAUGGUAAACCGCAGUGGAAGCAAGUGUUUAGACCAACUUGGCAUUCCACAGGUGUUUGGCUCUGGAGGCUUGCCAAAGCUCAUGUCCUUGCACAUGAGUCUGGCUAUCACCAACUUAUCAGUCAUUGGCUAAGAACACAUUGCUGCACAGAACCAUACAUAAUCGCGGCCAAUCGCCAACUUAGUGCAAUGCAUCCAAUCUUUAGACUCUUGAAACCGCAUUUCCGGUACACAAUGGAGAUCAAUGCUCUAGCUCGACAAUCUCUAAUCAAUGCAGAAGGGGUUAUCGAGACGUCAUUCUUUCCAGGCAAGUAUUCCAUUGAGAUGAGCUCUGUUGUGUAUGAUAAAGAAUGGCGGUUUGACAACGAGGCACUGCCCAAGGAUCUAAUUAACCGGGGAAUGGCCGUUGAAGAUCCAUCAGCUCCCCAUGGUUUGAAAUUGAUAAUGGAAGACUAUCCUUAUGCCAGUGAUGGUUUGGUUUUAUGGGACAUCAUCAAAGAGUGGGUUGGUGACUAUGUCAAUCACUACUAUCCAGACUCGAGCCUAAUAGAGUCUGAUACUGAGCUACAAGCAUGGUGGACGGAAGUCCGAACGGUAGGUCAUGGUGACAAGAAAGACGAACCAUGGUGGCCUGUGCUCAAAACACCCCAGGACCUUAUCGAAACUCUGACAACUAUCAUCUGGAUAGCCUCCGGCCACCACGCUGCAGUGAAUUUUGGACAAUAUACAUAUGCAGGAUAUUUUCCAAAUAGGCCUACAACUGCUAGAAUGAAUAUGCCAACCGAAGAUCCGAACGAUGAGGUGCUGAAACUAUUUUGGGAGAAACCUGAAGUGAUACUGUUGACAACAUUCCCUUCACAAAUUCAGGCAACAACGGUGAUGUCUGUAUUGGAUGUGUUAUCAAAUCAUUCUCCUGAUGAGGAGUAUCUUGGGCAACAAAUUGAGCCAGCAUGGACAGACGAACCGGCUAUAAAUGCGGCAUUUGAAAAGUUCAAUGGAAGGUUGAAGGAGUUUGAAGGAAUUAUCGACGAAAGGAAUGGUGACCUGAAGCUGAAGAAUAGAAAUGGAGCUGGCAUUGUGCCUUAUGAGCUUUUGAAGCCAUUUUCUGAUCCUGGAGUUACAGGAAAAGGAGUUCCGUACAGCAUCUCUAUUUGA